UAUUGAAGAGAUCCAUCUAGUAUCAGAGAGAUUUGCAGGGUAAAAUGGAUGCCGUAGGAGAAAAGGGUAGGAUGAGGAAGAAGGAUAAAGGGGAUUUGGCGGGAAUCUUGCGGAAAUCAUGGUACCAUUUAAGGCUCUCUGUGAGGCAUCCAUCUAGGGUUCCAACCUGGGACGCCAUCGUCCUCACGGCUGCAAGCCCAGAGCAAGCCGCCCUUUACGAAUGGCAGCUCCGGCGAGCCAAGCGUAUGGGUCGGAUUGCUAGUUCCACUAUCACCCUCGCUGUCCCUGACCCAGAUGGCGCUCGCAUUGGUUCUGGUGCUGCCACUCUCAAUGCCAUUGCUGCCCUUGCUGCUCAUUUUCAGAAGCUGGGUCUUGGCACAUACCCACAGGUUGCAAACGUUAAGAAUGGAAGUUCAGGCUCUUCAGCGCCAGAGGAAAAGUCUAACCAAGAUAUAACUCUCCUUUCAAUGGCCUCCUCCAUGGACAAAAAGCAUAUACUCUUACUUCAUGCUGGAGGUGACUCUAAAAGGGUCCCAUGGGCUAAUCCAAUGGGAAAAGUUUUCCUGCCACUUCCAUAUUUGGCAGAAGAUGACCAUGACGGGCCAGUUCCGCUGCUUUUCGACCAUAUACUUGCAAUUUCUUCAUGUGCAAGACAAGCUUUUGAGAACAAAGGUGGCAUAUUCAUCAUGACUGGAGAUGUACUUCCAUGUUUCAAUACUACUAAUAUGGUUCUUCCAGAAGAUGCAUCCUGCAUUAUUACUGUUCCCAUCACCAUAGACAUUGCUUCCAACCAUGGUGUUAUUGUAGCAGCAAAAACUGGGAUUAUGGAGAGAACUUAUUCGCUCUCUUUGGUUGAGAAUCUUUUACAGAAACCCACUGUAAAGGAGCUUGUUGAGAACCAGGCACUUCUACCUGAUGGUAGAACAUUGCUUGAUACAGGAAUAAUAGCUGUUAGAGGGAAAGCAUGGUUUGAGCUUCUUAUGCUUUCAAGUUCCAGUGAAGCAAUGAUUCUUGAGCUUCUGAAGAGCAGAACAGAGAUGAGCUUAUAUGAAGAUUUAGUGGCAGCUUGGGUACCUGCAAAACAUGAGUGGUUGAAGCAUCGUCCUUUGGGAAAAGAACUGCUUAGUGGAUUGGGAAAUCAAAAAAUGUUCAGCUAUUGUGCCUAUGACCUUUCAUUCCUACAUUUUGGAACCUCCAGUGAAGUUCUGGAUCACCUAGGAUCUGGUUCAGGGCUUGUAGGUCGGAGGCACUUGUGUUCUAUUCCAGCGACUACUGAAUCUGAUAUUGCAGCAUCUGCUAUUAUACUUUCAAGUAAAAUUUCACCUGGGGUCUCAGUUGGGGAGGGAUCUCUGGUUUAUGAUUCAUCACUUUCUGGUGGAAUACAGAUAGGCUCCCACUGUAUAAUUGUUGGAAUUAAUAUCCCUCGAGGCAUUAAGGAUUUGUCUAUGGGUGAUUUAUUUCGGUUCAUGUUGCCAGAUCGCCAUUGUCUUUGGGAGGUUCCCUUAGUAGGACGUGCAGAAAAGGUUAUUGUCUAUUGUGGCCUUCAUGAUAAUCCAAAGCUUUCAGUUUCCAAUGGGACCUUUUGUGGAAUGCCUUGGAAGAAUGUUUUACAAGACUUGGGCAUUCAAGAGAGUGAUGUUUGGAAAUCACCAAGUAUGCAGGAUAAGUGCUUGUGGAAUGCAAAGAUAUUCCCCAUCCUGCCCUAUUUUGAGAUGCUUAGUUUGGCGACGUGGUUAAUGGGCUUGAGCAAUCAGGAAAACAAAUCUAUGCUGCAGCUGUGGAGGAGUUCACACCGUAUCAGUUUGGAGGAGUUGCAUAGAUCAAUAGAUUUUCCACAGCUUUGCUUGUGCUCCAGUAAUCAUCAAGCAGAUCUUGCAGCUGGAAUUGCCAAAGCUUGCAUUAAUUAUGGUUUGCUUGGGCGCAACUUGUUUCAGUUGUGUGAAGAAAUUAUGCAGAAUGAAGUAUCAGGGGUCAAAAUUUGUAAAGAAUUUGGGGCCCUCUGUUCAAAUUCCCAGGCUCAGAACACAAGGAUUCUUCCCAAAAGCAGGGCAUACCAGGUGCAGGUUGAUCUUCUUCGGGCAUAUGGAGAAGAAACAAGAGCUUGCGCAUUGGAGCCGAAUGUUUGGGCUGCAGUUGCCAACGAAACUGCUUUAGCGGUGAAGUAUGGGUUUGGAGAAAAUCUCUUGGAGUCUUCUGAUGGUCAAUCUCUUUUGGAAAAUGGAAAGAGAAGCCUUGAUGAAUUUGUUGACCGAUCAUUCUGCCCGAGAAGAGCAAAGGUGGUGUUGCCGGUUCGUGUGGACUUUGUCGGUGGUUGGAGUGACACACCUCCAUGGAGCUUGGAGCGUUCUGGUUGUGUUUUGAAUAUGGCGAUAAGCUUGGAAGGUUCUCUUCCAGUUGGAACAACAGUAGAGACAACAAUGACCAGUGGAGUACUGAUUUGUGAUGACACUGAGAACCAGUUAUAUAUUGAAGCUCCUACCUCAAUUAGUACUCCUUUUCAUAAUGAUGAUCCAUUUCGACUUGUUAAAGCCGCACUACUCGUGACUGGUGCUAUUCAUGACAAUAGCCUUUUGUCAAUGGGCUUAGAGAUCAGGACAUGGUCUAAGACUCCACGUGGUAGUGGCCUGGGAACUUCCAGCAUCUUAGCAGCAGCUGUUGUGAAAGGACUUCUGGAAAUAAUGAAUGGAGAUAGCAGUAAUGAAAAUGUUGCUCGUCUUGUUUUGGUUGUGGAGCAGAUCAUGGGUACAGGUGGUGGGUGGCAGGACCAAAUAGGAGGUUUGUAUCCAGGGAUUAAAUUUACUUCAAGUUUUCCAGGAGUACCAUUACGCCUUCAAGUGUUACCCCUAGUGGCUUCACCCCAGUUGGUGUUGGAAUUAGAGCAACGAUUACUCGUGGUUUUUACUGGCCAAGUCCGGCUUGCAAGGCAAGUCCUGCAGAAGGUGGUAACUCGAUAUCUCCGACGUGAUAACCUACUCAUAUCGAGUAUAAAACGGCUCACUGAACUGGCAAAGAUUGGCCGAGAAGCUUUGAUGAACGGUGACUUGGAUGAGCUCGGGGAUAUAAUGCUGGAGGCAUGGAGGCUGCAUCAAGAGUUGGACCCUUUUUGCAGCAAUGAAUCUGUGGAUAGACUCUUUGCACUGGCUGACCGCUUUUGCUGUGGCUACAAGCUUGUGGGUGCUGGUGGUGGGGGAUUUGCUUUGUUACUUGCAAAGGACAUAAGCAGAGCCAAAGAACUGAGGCAAUUGCUCGAGGUAGCUUCAGAUCUUGAUGUGAAAGUCUACAAUUGGAACAUCUUUCUGGAAUAAUUAAUUGGUUUUUGCUAUUAUUAUUAAAGAUAGCCUUAUUUAUGUGUUCUUUAUUUGUUUUUCCUGUUGAUUGUCAUUAUCUGUAUUUUUUUAGUGUCAAAGAAUCAAACUUAAGGUAAAUAAGAAUAAAGGGCAAUUUUGUCCUUUUGAUAUAUGUGCAUAGUUGGCAUCACAUCUGCCUAUACUUCUUAUUUGAAUAUAAUAAUUAGACUUUUCCAGUUGGCAAUAUUUU